CCACAAAAACAUCGAAAGUUGACUUCAUUGUCUGACCGUGAGAUAGUUGAGAUGAUCCUUUUUCCUGCUUUGAAUGAAGCCUUCCGUAUCAUUUCUGAGGGAAUAGCAUUUGGGACGUCAGAUCUUGAUGUUGCUUCUGUUAAGGGAAUGGGGUUUCCAGCUUACAGAGGAGGAAUCAUUUUCUGGUCCAAUUCUUUAGGCUUCACAUAUAUUUAUUCAAGAUUGGAUAAAUGGUCAAAGGAUUAUGGAGAUUUUUUCAAGCCUUGUGCCUAUUUAUUGGAGCGUGCUUCCGAUGGGACCUUACUGGAUCAGGUGGCGCAGACUAAAUCUCAAUUAUAAGAUCCGUCGUGCCAUUUAGUUUCAGCUUAGUGUGAUGGUCAACACAAGUGGUUGUGCAACGACCCUUGAAAGUGUUGUUGAGGGAUCAACGGAAAAAUCUAAGCGAAGGCAUGGACGAGGCUAUGUCACCAUAAAUAGGAUGGAAAAUGGUGGAAGUGGUGAACUCAUGAAUAUAUAGCAGGAAUACUCACGAGACUAUUUUCUGUUAAUACUACAAACUUUUUAGUAUUUCUGGGUAUUGAAACAUAGCUACAAUCUCCCGUUUUGGCUACUAAUAAUAUAUUUCAAUCAUGCUA